AUGGGGCGUCUCGUUAAUGGAGCUAGUCUCUUAGCUUUGUUAUGGUUCCAUGUCAUUGUGGUGAAGCAUGUGGCUGCGAGAGAGAGUGUGAGCUUUGGCAAAGAUGAAGAGAAGACGUUCAUCGGAGGCGGUUUUGGUGUUGGUAUUGGCGGAGGAAUUGGCAAAGGCGGAGGAAUUGGCAAAGGUGGUGGAAUCGCUGGAGGCAUAGGCAAAGAUGGUGGUUUUGGCGGUGGCAUCAGAAAAGGUGGAGGCAUUGGCGGCCGAAUAGGCAAAGGCGGUGGCUUUGGAGGUGGCAUCGGAAAAUGGGGAGGCAUUGGCGGUGGAAUAGGCAAAGGUGGUGGCAUCGGAAAAGGCCAUGGCUUCGGAAAAGGCGUUGGCUUUAGCUGUGGAAUAGGUAAAGGAGGUGGUUUUGGUGGUGGCGGGAUUGGACACCACCACUAA